UCGACGGAUCAAUAUUCCUUUAUGGCCAAUAUACUUAUUUCUCAUAGGUACCUGAUACUGAACUAUUACUGUUGAUUUUCUCUAGAGUCAUUUAACAAUUAUAAGUUAUAACUAUAAGUAUUAUUAUUAUAGUAGUAUAUCAGUAUCGUAAUUUCAGGAUUCAAAUUUUAACGAUAUUUUUAUAGACGACUAAAAUGUGUAGAACAUUUUAAUAUGAUUGAAACAUUAAUAAUUAAGGUGGUACCUACCUAGUAGUUAGUGUACACUGUGUUUUCGUUAAGUUUUAAUCAAACCUAAUUAUCAAAAACAAAUUUUUUGGUUAAGCAUUACACCAUUGAUAUGUCUGAUAAUAAUCUAACACUUGCCACUGAAGUAGAUGAACAAGAACCGGAACUACAGUCAUGGGUGUGUCCCAAUUUUGGAAUAAAAGAUGUAUGGGCUCAUAAUUUAGAAGAAGAAUUUGCAUCAAUUAGAAAACUAUUGCCUAAAUAUUGUUAUGUUGCUAUGGACACUGAAUUUCCUGGAGUCGUAGCACGACCAAUCGGCGAUUUCAAGACGGCUGCUGAUUAUUUAUAUCAGUUGUUACGAUGCAAUGUUGAUCUUUUGAGAAUCAUUCAAUUAGGGCUUUCAUUUUUUGAUGAAGAUGGCAGGACACCCACUGACCAAUAUACAACAUGGCAGUUCAAUUUUAAAUUUAAUUUGUCAGAAGACAUGUAUGCUCAAGAUAGUAUAGAAUUAUUGACAAAUUCCAGAAUACAAUUCAAAAAUCAUGAAGAGAAUGGAAUUGAACCGAUAGUUUUUGCUGAAUUCAUAAUAACAUCUGGCUUAGUAUUGAUGGAUAAUUUAAAGUGGAUGACAUUCCACAGUAGUUUUGAUUUUGGUUACUUGGUUAAAGUGUUAACUGAUGAAAAACUUCCACAGGAAGAGUCUGAGUUCUUUGAGAUGUUUUCUCUGUAUUUCCCCUGUGUGUAUGAUAUCAAAUACCUAAUGAAGAGCUGUAAAAAUUUAAAGGGUGGUCUGCAAGAAGUGGCUGAUCAACUGGAAUUGAAGCGUAUUGGGCCUCAACAUCAGGCUGGUAGCGAUUCCUUAUUAACAGGCAUGGCCUUUUUUAAAAUCAGAGAUAUGUACUUUGAAGGAAUGAUCGACAGUAAAAAAUACUGUGGUCAUUUAUACGGCUUGGGUAUUACCACUUUGAACAAUGGUCAAUUUCGAUAUGAUAAUGAAGGGCCAUUUAAUUUGUAAAUGAAACUUAUAUAUUUUGUUCCUUUAGUCAUUGUUUUUUUUUUUUAUAUAUAUCUAUAAUAAUAAUAUUAAUAUUGUUAAUUUCAAAUUGAAAUAUCCAAGUUAAAAUAUUUUGUCUGCUAUUUAUUUAUUUUGUAUAAGUUUUGUAUUCACCAAUUAUGAACAAAGUUAGAAAAAUUAUUGAAAUAUCUUUAGUUUAGAAUAAUUAUAUUAGAAAAAAAAAAUGAAAAUGGUAAAUUUAAUACCUUUAUACUU